UUUUUUUAAACCUUUAAUGAGACUUUCAGAUUGAAAUUUGCUCAAUAUGUGGAGCAGAUCUUGCUCUAUCUAACCCCGCUUAGGUCCUGUUUUUGUCUCUACUGGUUUUUGAGAAAUUAAUUUUUAAUCCGAGAGUCGAAAGAAAGUUUGCGUAAAAUCAGUAAGUAAGUUUAGAAAUUUGCUUAAGAACUUACGAGACGAGUUUCUAGAUAAAACUCCCUUGGUAUAUAAACCGAACCUUUUUCAAACUAAUACCAUUAACCGCAUGUCUUUGGCUCUUUUGCUGUUGGCGCAAUUAAUUUUUACUUCGAGUCUUGCACAGCCGCGCUCUACGUCAAAGCAAGAAGUGAGAUUCAUAAAAUUGUAAAAAAAUCCUGGAAUCGAGUUUCUAAUUGAAAUCCGCUGGGUAUAUAAAACGUAAUGUGCUCUAUCGAAUGUCAUUAAGCGUACAUCUUUGGCUUUUUUGGUAGUCCCGCAAUUAAUUUGUAUUCAAAGUCGUGCAAAACCGCGCUUUACCUAAAAGCAGUUAGAUUAGUCAAAAAAUUACCUAGAAAAUUUUUAAAUUGAAAUUCGCUCAGCUGAUAAAGCGUACGUUUUUCUAGCUAAUGCCAUCAAAUGCACGUUAUUAUCGGUUUUGGUGUUCGCACAAUAAUUUUUGUUUCGACCAGUGAAAAUUCGGGCUCUACGUAGGAGCGGUGAGUGAGAUUUAAAAAAUUUGCAAAAAAUCCUAAAGGCUAGUUUCUAAAUGAAACUCACUGACUAUAUAGACCGUAAUUUACUCUAUCAAAUGGCGCUGAGCAUACGGCUUUGGUUCUUUGGUGUUAGCGCAAUAAAUUUUGAUUCAAAGUCGUGCAAAACCGCGCAUCACCUAAAAUCACGGAGUCAGAUUUAAACAUUUUCCAAAAAUUCCUCAAUACAAAUUUCAAAUUUAAAUUCGAUCCUUAGAUGAACCACACCUUUUUCGAUCUAAGGCCAUCAAACACAAGUUUUUAUCUCUUUUGGUAGUGGCGCAAUUAUUUUUUUCUCGUGUUAAAAAUGUAAAGAGGAAUAAUGGGAAUACGCAAAGGAUAUGGAUAUUUUUGAACAUGUUCAAGAUGAACUAAAAUAUGCUCACGUUCUGACGCAACGGAUGAAGAUGUAGAGCACCAACGUCCUCACAGAGAGACAAUCAAAUGUUUCGAUGUAUGCACAAAAUAGACAUUGGAAAAUUCUGGAUUUUUUUGAAUUUUUUGAAUCGAAACACCCGAAUUUAUCUUCAGCAGAGAAGAAAAACCGUUUUUUCAGACAGAGCAAAGUGACACUAAACCAACUAUAAUCACAAUUUUUUUUAGAUUGACUUAGAUUUACACAUGUGUAUUACGUAUGUAUAGAAAUUAAGCCAUUUUAUGUACACAGUUAUUCUUUUAAUGUGUGCAUAUCUUUUACCUAAGAAAUUGUCAAAUUAGUUAACAAAAUUUGCAGUAAAAAAAAACAUUUUAAUUACAGCAACAUUCAAAAGGUCUUUAAUCCGAAUUUGCUCUAAAUAAUUAGAUCGACUUGAACAAUGCACGAAAAAUAUGGUUGGAGGUACCGAAACGUGAUAAAAAAAAACACUGAAAGGAUACGUGAGCACCGCUGACCGAGCUGGGCGAUGCGAUGCUGAAAGUGGCCAAGCGGUGCGAGCUUAAAAAAUUAAGUCUUUGAGUGGUUUAUUCAGAGUUCCAUUGCCUCGCAAAGAUGUUUGGAACACACAGUUUCGAACGUUUGUCGGCCAACGCUCAAAAGUGCAAAACUCAGCUCCGACCCGUAGAAAUAGAAACCCCCCAAAUCGAAUCAGCAUAAUCUAAUAACAUCAAUAUUCCGGUGAAUAAACAAGUUGCGAAAGUGAUGUGUUGAAGGAAUUUUAAAUGAAAAGUAAAAGUCCCAUAUGUGUUUCAAUCGGGCGCGAAUUAUUGGCCAUUUUAGCGCAAAACGCCCGCGCUUUUUAGCCUAUAAUUAGCUGAAUACAGCUAGUUAGUUGAUAUUAACCCACAUUUCUUCAGCUUUGAAAAGAUUCAAUUAAUGUACCGAAAGAACAAGAAGAAAAGGAAAGUGCCACCGUGCGACCUUUGUCGUCAAACACGAUUGUUUCGAAUGCUGCUCCCAAAACCGCAAAGAUGCAGAAGAAAGCAGCGGCAAGAAAAAGUGAAACUCUUUUAGCAUCUUCAAAUCACUCGAUUUUGUAAACAGCGCGCCCCAGAUUUGAUCAUUAUCGGCACGAGAUCUUCGGAAGUAAUUUAUUGCAUUGAUUAAAUAGCUACUAUUUUUUGAUCCUUUGAUGGAAACACUUGCCAAUGUACUAAUGGGCCGUUUUUCGUACAAAACCCGUGAGUUUUCUGCCGUGCAGCGCACUUUCUCUUUGCGGUUGAUUAACAUAAAGAAACUGAUCGGUUUUAAGAGAACCACCUGGCGUGCACGGCCCAUGUUAAUCUCAUUCAAAUUAGUAUGCGAAGGAAAAACCGCCGUCUUGAAAAAGCCCCGUUUGCAUUCCAAUAGCAUAUAAAAUGCAUGCUACACCUUCAUCAGCAGCAAAGGAAUUAAGUCGUCGCCCCUUUUCAAAUUACCUGCCGCUUUUUGAUGCUUUUAAAAUCUUGUUGAUGGAGAAAGCGCGCGCUUGCAUUUACUGCUAGUUAAGCCAUAAAGCCCAAAUCGGAUGGCGGCUUCAAACAGGACAUGGAUUUGGAUGGAAUCAAUCAAUCAAGAAUCGAACCAGCCAAUCCCUACCUAGCCAGAAUUCAGUACCAUCAAUGUUGAUCCCACCACCGGAUAGAAAGCACAUGGUUCGAAUCGGCGAUUUAUGCGAUUUGCCUGCAGUCGCCUGCCGCCCAUCUUCAACGCCACUCGCGGUCAAUACUAGCUGAAAUUCCACACGGAAGCCGAAAAUGAUUCAUUUUUGAGUGUUUUCCUCCUCCUCGCAGUGUGAACCACCAUGCUUGCAAAGCGAUUUCUUCUCGCGGGCUUUAUUCUGGGUGUUUACUGCCUAACUGCCCUUGCCGACGAGGAAGACGAACUUGAUGAUAGAGAACCAAAGGAAUACAUGCCAGAGGUUUGGCACGCGAUCGAGACGAUUCCUGAAGGAUCCGCGGGAUGGAUCCCCCGCGAUCCCUUGGACAGUCUGGGAAAAGCACAGACGAAACGACGGCGCCUUCGGAAGCGAAAACGACGCCCUCCCAUAGUAACUUAUUUGGAUCAGAGCGCGGAAAGCGUCGCUCCAGUACUGGCCCAAGAGCCGUCCAAGCCGCAGGACGCAUGGAAAGAAAUGCAAGAGGAAAGCGGCCGCCCAUAUGUGCGAAGAAAGGUCACGCCAGCUUACAGCCCAAUCGCAGCUGAACCCGAAGGAGGUCAGAACCGGACGAAGUCUCAGGGUCCCAACAUCAAGGACAUUCUGAAGCAAAGCGGCGGGCUGAGCCUGAGCGAAAUUUUGCAGCAGAAAAACGUCACAUUGGCCGAGCUGCUGAUGGGCAAGGAAGAAGCCAUCCAGGCGCUAACUGAGCGCACCAAGUACAAGCGGAUUCCGCCGUCCAUCGGGCUGCACAAGGAGGGCAUCAGUCGUAGAUACGAAACAAUCAGUGAAUCCCAGGAUAUUAUCAGCAGCCGGGAGCGAGAGGAGGCCCAAAAGAAGAGGCUGGUCUUGUUGCAAAGCCCAAAUUUUCCUGAAGUUACUCGGCAGGAGGCAGCCGCUGAACCAACGGCGGAAGCCACCACCUCCACCACAUCUCAGCCUUCAACCACGAGAACUCCCGAUGGAAACAGGCUGAAAACCGGACUACCCCUAACCAGCGCCCAACUGAUGAAAAUGGUGACGAAAACCCGGGCUGGAGUCAGACCCUUCCCAACCCCACCGCCUGAAGAAGAGGAGAACUACCCCAAAGUUAACGGCACACUGUUCAAGCCGCUGAAGAUCUCCGUAAAGGAGAUUGUGAAACAUACAGAAAACCAACCGGGGGAGAAGCAACAGGAUGGGCCGCUUCGGAUGAAAAUCGACCUGAAAACAGUAGACUUGGCUCCCAAGCUGGAACCGUCUUCAGCCAGAGAGGAAAUCCUGCAAAUCCUCAUGGAUCCAGUGGGCAGAGCCGGAUUGGCGCGCAUUCUGGAAGCUCGCAACAUGUCGGUGCAGGAGCUAAUUGAGCAACGAGAGCGCGGCUCCAGCCAGCUGCAUUUGGCGGACAUUUUCCACAACAACACGCGCGAACCAGAGCCCAGCGACGAGGCCUUGGAGGGCAAGAUCAACUCUGAAGUGUUUUCAAGCUUUCCAGUAUUUGCGCGGCAGCCGAAAAGUUUGUCGAGUCCAACCACUGAACAGCCUGUUCCGGCCAUUAGCUUCAAAAUCCCAGCUAAUUCCUCAACGAAUGCCACUCAUCAGUGGCAACGACUGUACCCGGAUCUGUUCAGUCGUCCAAAUCAGGAACAACCGCCGAAAGAUUUGGUGCCCCAAAGAAUCGAAGAAGAACUAGAUAUUUUAACAGAGGAAGACGCUCAAAGGCUGGACGAUGUGGAUCAGACGCUCUACUCAUCAAUAUCCACACAGCAACUGGAUAUUGACGAAAAUACCUGGCAGAUGUUGAACAUUUCGACGGGAGUCCGGUCGGCAAUAGUGGCAAGUUUGGUAAUAGUGCUACUUUCUAUAGUGGUUUUUGUGUCCAUCCUAGUGGUGUUCAGGUGGAGGCAAAGUAGGAAGAAAUGUGUCGACUAUGGGGGCAGCCUCAAGCCAGCCCUAAUCAGUAUAAAACGCCACAACAUAAAAACGUUCGUCGCCGAGACGCUCGGCAAAAAAAAUGUAAACUACUACAAGAGACACUUGCAGAGCAUGAGCGAUGAUAGUUGGGAGACUGAGAGCAAACGGCGAAUUUGAUUUGUAUGCUCCGUAGUUGUAAGCGUUGAAUUUCAAUAAAAAUUUUUAUAAAUGA